AUGUUUAAUACACAAACACAAUCAACUAUAUUAGCUCUAGCCUCGAUUAUUGGUUGGGGUUAUAUGUUAUUUUUUGUCAUGGCAUUUCGCUUAACGGGUCCGUUCAUUGUUAUAAUUCAUCAAAUGUUGUUCAAUGACGUUCUACGUUUUUGUAUCAUUUACAUGGUGUUUUUAGCCGGAUUUUCACAAGCAUUUUUUAUUUUAUUCAAUAAUAACGACAGUAGUGGCUUUUUAAAAAGUGUAAAACUGUGUUUUGCUGCCAUGCUUGGUGAUUUUGAUAUUGAUUAUUUUGCCGAAACAACAUUUCAGUACCUUAAUCAAACACCUGUAGCAACAACAACAACCGAUACACAACGUGGAGGUGGUUUAAAGACAGUUAUUCAACUUGCAUAA